AUGUCUGAAAACUUGAGGAUUUCAGUCACAGACAAAACUGAUGACAAUUUUGAUUUAUUAAUGCCCGACUUUGUCUUGUGCAUCCGUGAUUUUACUCUUGAUCUUGUAAUAGACGGAAAAGAGUGCAACGAAGACGAAUAUAUUGAGCACUGUCUCAAAGAAAAGAGAACAGAAACUGGCAAGUUAGACCAAGCAUACAAUAGACCUAGGCAAUGCAUAAAAAAGUAUUUUACAAAUCGAAAAGCGUUCACCUUUGAUAUACCAGCACAAAGGCAGACAAUGAAAAACCUCGCACUGGCUAAAGAAGAAGCCCUUUCCAGCGACUUUGUUUGUGAGACGAAAAAGUUUACAGAAUAUAUAUAUAAACGCCCAGUAAAGAUGCUGCAAAAUAGAAAACCAGUUUCUGGACGCAUGUUACAAGGAUUACUGGAUUGUUUUGUAACAUCCGUUAAGAUCGGCGCAGUUCCUUGUAUAGAUGAUGCUCUCACCAUUAUGUCAAAACAAGAAAAUGAAAAACAUGCAAAAGAUGCGAUUGACAGAUUCCAUGAUGAGCUUGGGAAACUAAAAAUGCCUGUUGGGAAUAAAACUCAACUUAUAGAGAAGAAGUUUUCUUUCCAAUAUUCCAUUCUCGCUGAUUUGAAUUCGAAACUGUUGUUCGAUGAGGAUCAUGUUGUAGAAAUGGCUGUCAAGGCUGAGACGGAAAACAUAUUCAAGGAAUUUGAGGCGAAAAAUGACAAAAAGGUUUACGAAAAAUGUUUGAUGAGAAUUACUGACAUCUACCAAAAAGUAGAACGCAACAUAGACAAGCGGACAUACAUAGUAUCUGGAGGAUUCGAAAAAUACAAAAGAGAUAUGCAAAGUGUCGUAGAAAUGUACGAAAACGAACAAGACAACGAACAAACAGACCGUAUGCAGGUAAUUGCAAUAAAUAAGGCUAAGCGUGAUUUUCUGGCGACACGGCAAUCAGAAAGUGAGGCUAUUAUGAUUGAUGAUAAGUCCAUCUCAUACCAAGAGCAAAAAGUUGAAUUGGAGAAACGACAGAAAAAGCUUGAAGCUGAUUUUAAAGAAGCACAAGAGAAGGCACUUAAACAUUCUCAAGAGGAACUUGGAAGACAAAGAAAACAACACGAUGAACAAUUGGCUAUUGUUCGAAAGGCACAAGAAGAAAGAGAAGCGGCAAACAAAGCUGAAUUCUUCGAAGAAAAACUGGCUAGACGAGACGCUGAAAUUAGUGAUAUGGCUAAGAAAAUUAGACUAUUGGAAUGGAAAAGCAAUCUUGAAUCGGCACAACAUGCACAACAAGUUGUACAUGCACAACCUUCACAAUCAGCACAAUUGGCACAUUCGCGCAAGAAUGAUUGCCCAUUAUCUUAA